AUGCAUGCUCGAGGUCAUAUAACCGUAAGUGAAAGCUUCAGGCAUGUCAGUGUAAGUGGAUCGGAGUUUGAGGGUUAUAUUCGAGGAACUACAAAGGUCGGAGAGUACGAUGCUAUACUGCCCACAGUCAAAAGACGAGCGUGGAUCACAAGCUUCAAACAGGUGGGUAGGCGACUCGUGGCAUGUCGGCGAAGACUAAAGACAUUCAUUGAGAGUGGGCGGCUAGACACGAACACCGCCGCUGAACAACGGCCGAGCGGUCUCCUUACCAUCUACCAAGCCCUUCACAAAGAAGUGGACAAUGAGGUAACCCUUGAAUCAUAUCGAUUUGGAAGCCAGCCAAUCGCAAGGCGCAAGAACGAACUCCUUCACGCAAGUCAUCACUACAAUUGGGUUCCCUGGCGCGCAGGUAGCUGGGCCAAUACUAUGGCCAAUACUGUUGACGUCUGGCUGGUUAAUAUGCUUAACGAUGUGUUGACGAUCCUUGAAGAUGUCGGCGCUGCUGCUUUGAGAGCCACAGUUCUAAAAGAUACUCUUGACUCCAAUGAAGUGACAUCUCACUCUGAAGCCUGUGAUUGUGAUGAGCUACACCUCGCGGCUGAGGCAUGA